GUGCCACGAGGUGAUGACGAUGAAGAAGCCUCAAUUCACGAGCCACGAGAUUCGUGCCACGAGGUGCAACGGCUUCAACGCUCGCGUCUCUCGGCCCCUCAGCCGCCAGUCCCUACCAGGUUCGAGCUUCUCCUCUGCCUGACUCCUCCUCGAAGUAGACAUGGCUGACGCACAAGGUUAUUACGACCAGCAGCAGCAGCAGCAAUAUUACCAGCAGCCGGAGGCCCAACAACAAGAGUACCAGCAAGCAGAUCCCCAGCAGCAAUACCCAUACGGCUGGUACGAGCAGGCCGAGUAUAACUAUACGCAGAACGAAGGGGCACCCAUUCUUCUAGGCAGUGAAAUGGAGGAUGAAGGUGCGGAAGGACGAUCUGGAAAAGGUGAAGGUGGCGGAACCAACGUGUUGGUUGCUCCUCAGGCGCCGGCACCACAGACGCCACCCGCCGUACCGGGACAAGAUACGGGCUCGUCCAUUUCAAAGGCGACUCGGAGACCAAAACCAACGCCAACAACUUCGACAACGACACCGACGCCGCCCCCUCCUUUGCUGUGCUCGGUGGGGACGCAGACGGCAAUUUCUAAGCUCUUCCCACCGGACAAGUCAUGUGACAUCAUCAUAUACACGCACGUGCGGGUGUUCCAGAAAGCUGUGAUCGGGUCCGUCAACGGCAUCAGCUACCAUGCAUUCAGGAACGCCUGCAGCACUUACGUUGACACCUCGUGCGGUUUGUCCUUCGACGUCCGCGGCCUCGAAAAGGACAUGUUUCAGACCGUGGAAGUCAGGGACGACCUGAACGCGUUGAAUCAGCAGCACCGGGUGUACCACUACGGCAUCCUGAACAUCAUCGAUGAUCCCACACCUGUCCAAAACCUCGCAACCGUGACCGCGCCUACUAUACUCAAGGUAAUGCGGAAGCUGCUGGGUUCAGACAGAGAACGCAACAAGGUCUUCGCAGGCGUUGGCUACUACUUCUACGAUGACAACAAUGCAUGGAUGAACCUGGAGUACACUGCCGAAAACCUCGCAUUGCCUGAGCUGGACAUCCUGGUGAUACUGAGCACCACUCUGACGAUGCCGAGCCCCGAACGAUGCCUCACGCUGCCCAUCAACGCUUUCAAGAGCCAAAAAUUGUAUCCACCCACUCUGGACAAGGCCUACCGCAUGGCGACGUCAGUAUUCUCGAAGCCGGAGCUCGUCGUGGCCUUCGCACUGCAGAUGGGCGUCGCCGUUUACAGCUUCGAGAAACGACCCAAAAGCGCCAGCAGUGCGCUGUACACACCAUGUACUGGCUUCGGUAUCACGGACUACUCUCAGGCGUGCCAGGUGCCACAGACGGACCUCAACAUCGAGAAGACAGCCAUCGGCCAAGAAUCCGAGCAGCUGUCCCAGCAACUCAAUCAGAGUAGGCUGUUGGCGUAUGACACCCUCCACCACCUUAUCGACAAGGCCAAGAACAUCAUGCGGAGACAAGACGUACGGGCCAACUUCACGUGGUUGUUGCUCAACGCUGACCUGACGGACAAAACGGGCCAAUGUCUCGGAGCGCCCUUCGAGCGCGUGAAGGGAUUCAGAGAUUUUUAUUACCGGCGAGCACAGAAGCCGAAGGGGUAGCCACACGCGCUGCUGCUGUGUGCUAAUUGCGCAAAAACGCGCAGGUGUCGCACCGUGUUGCGAGCCGUCCUGCAACGUGUCUAUGGGCGGCUUUUUCGUUAGCCCUACGUGGCCAGGUUGAAAAAGAAAAAAGCCUAUAUUUUUAUUCAGUGUCUGUUCCUCUUUGCGGUAGUGCAUGCGAUAAACACAUUGUGGUCAAGCUGUU